AUGCCCCCCCAACCCCCCUCCCACCUUCCGCGCCUACACGACAAAACCGCCCUCAUCACGGGCGCCAGCAGCGGCAUCGGCCGCGCCAUCGCCAUCGCCUACGCGUCUCACGGGACCAAACUCGUCGUGUGUGCGGAUCUGCGGCCGGACGCGCAUGGCAACGCCAACACCCCGGAAGACAAGGAGAAGACGCACGAUUUAAUCAAUAAGAGAUACGGGGAGGGGAGGGCUGUGUUUGUGCGGUGUGAUGUUGCAGAGGCGAGGGGUUGGGAAGAGGUGGUGAGCGAGGCGGUGCGGAGGGCGGGGAGGUUGGAUGUGCUUGUGAAUAAUGCGGGUGUCGGCGAGCAUAAUUAUCCAAGGUUGCAUCUUAUGGAUGAGGCGAUUUGGGAUAAGACUAUGGCUGUGAAUGCGAGGGGGGUGUUUUUAGGCUGUAAGUAUGCAUUGGUGCAGUUCCUAAAGCAACCCCCCCACCCCUCCGGCGACCGCGGCUGGAUCAUCAACAUUGCCUCCACCUUCGGCAUCAACGGCUUCACCGGCGGCCACGGGCCCUACUGCGCCUCUAAAGCCGCGUGCCUCAACCUCUCGAAAUCCAUCGCGCUCGACUACGCGGCGGAUAAGAUCCACUGCAAUGCCAUCUGCCCCGGGUUCACGCAGAGCGCGAUGACGGAGGCGACGUUCAAGGACGAGGCGGCGAAUGCGGGCAGGUUGGCGGCGACGCCGUGGGGGAGGUGGGGGAGGCCGGAGGAGAUUGCGGCGGCGGCGGUGUUUUUGGCGAGUGAGGAUAGUAGUUUUGUGACGGGGGUGGGGUUGCCGGUUGAUGGGGGGUAUUUGGCGAUGUGAGGAGGAUGAGGAGGAGGAAAAAGAGGAGGGUUGAAUUGGUCGAUUUUGGUAUACGCUGGUCCCUUCGAGGGGGUGGGAUGUAUGGUGGGAGAUAUUGGGACUAAGACGGUGGUAUGACCGUCACUGUAUUCUACCUACUAUUUUGAUAUCAUGUCUUGCUACAGAUAUCUGCACAUUUCUCUAGUACCGCUUGUGGCGUCUUGUGGUGUUUUCAGGCGCCCGGUUCAGACGGACGUCUCGGCUUUCGAGGAACUGAUAAAGUUGUGUCAAGC